GACGCGUCAGGAUAUCGGAAGAGGCUUCGUGUUGUUUCUAGAAGGGACCUGGGAGCUGUGAAGAGUUUCUCUUAGAAAGAAUUGAGCGAUUGAUGGAGGGUGAGUCUGAGACAUUGGCUGCCAUGGCCGAUUCCUUGAAGGUCUCAGACACAGUAGGACAUCCAGAUGGCCAGAGUACUAGAACGCAGGAAGAGGACUGUUUUUAUGACUGUGAGGAGACCUUUCAAGCAGAGAGAACGUCACUGGCAGUAAAUCAAACAGAGAUGACACGCAGUGAAGAGACCAAGAACGAAUUACAGACAGAAUCCAUUCGAAAUCCUGACACAGGUGAAGAAUCUGCACAGGCUUCUAAUCCUUUUGAAGGAAAUGCUGCUACAAGGGGACAUGAGCCGCUAGAGAAAGAUACAGUGCUGGGAGAAGGAGCGUAUGAAAGGAUUGGAGAGGAAGAUGAAAGGUGGACGGACACAGACUCAGAAUUCAAGGAGGAGGCAACAAAGCCCAGUGAGUAUGAUGACGAGUAUUUACGAGAAGCAGAGAAAAACCUGACAGAAGAAGAGAAGGAGAUCAGAAAAGUAAAGAGUAUGGCACUGAAAGAAAAGGGCAAUGCACAGUUUAAGAACCGGGAGUAUGUAGAGGCUCAGAAAUUGUACACUGAUGCACUGGCAGUCUGUCCUGUGUGUUACAGCAAAGAGAGGUCCAUCCUCUUCUCUAACCGAGCAGCAGCACGCAUGCACCUGGAAGAGAAAACAGAUGCCAUCAGUGACUGCACAAAAGCUAUAGAGCUGAACCCAGAUUAUGUGCGUGCCAUUCUACGAAGAGCAGAGCUAUAUGAGCAGACAGAGAAGCUUGAUGAAGCUCUGGAGGACUACAAGGCUGUGCUGGAAAAAGACCCAGGCAUCCCGGCAGCAAGAGAAGCCUGCUGUAGAUUACCACGACUGAUCGAGGAACGAAAUGAGAAACUGAAAGAAGAGAUGCUGGGUAAACUCAAGGAUUUGGGCAACAUGAUUUUGCGUCCCUUUGGCCUCUCUACUGCCAACUUCCAGGUCAAACAGGAUGACAACUCAGGAUCCUACUCUGUUAACUUUGUUCAGAAUCCCAACAACAACAGAUAGCAGCAUGGACUCCCUUCUACAGCACAGCAGCAGCUACCAGACUAAUGCAACGGCGCACCAUCAACAUGUUCGUCAGUGUAUUGUGGUGUAUCCCUAGAAUUCUGCUUAAAUUAUAAGUAAAAAUGAAUCUGGCCGAUCACUGCUUGGUGACUGGUUGCCUUUAUUGGUGGUGUUAUUACAUUUACAAAGCUCAGAGUUCCUACCAAUUUGACUUUCCUUUUGACUGAGUAUAAUAAAGAAACCACAGCCUAUAAAUCCCAUAACCAUGAAAGAAUAUAGACUAGUUUAAGUAUGACAUUGCAUGAAAAUUACUACAAUGCUAAAUAUUAUUACUAAUUUAUUUUAUGGAAUGUAAUAGUAGGUAUCUCCAAAUUUAAAAAAAUAAAUCCAGUUGAGGGCAAAUGUUUGUAUCCCCUAUUGUUUUCUUGGCAAGUCCACUUGAAGGACAGGCCACUGCAAAUCAAUAAACAGUUCUCCUGACUUAC